ACGCACGAGUUUCGCGUCGUCGUCGUCGUCCCUUCGGAUCUUCGUCGUCCGGUGAUGCGAGUAACGCGAGUAUCGGUAGCGGAGAGGGUACGGGCGAGGAGGACGACGACUCAACGGGCAAGAAGAACCAAAAGAAGAGGGGCAUUUUCCCCAAGGUCGCGACCAACAUCCUCAGGGCGUGGCUGUUUCAACACCUAACGCAUCCAUACCCAUCGGAAGACCAGAAGAAACAGCUGGCACAGGACACGGGGUUAACGAUUCUUCAAGUCAACAAUUGGUUUAUCAAUGCAAGGCGUAGAAUCGUCCAGCCAAUGAUCGAUCAGAGCAAUCGAGCCGUAUUCCCGACAUUGUCCGCAGGUCCGUCGGGUGCUUAUAGUCCGGAGGCGACGAUGGGUUACAUGAUGGACGGACAAGCGGCUAGCAUGAUGCACCGACAGCCCGCCGAAACUGGCUUUCACAAUCAGUACCACUAUCCUGAAUAUUACGGGCAUCACUUAUAAAGCUGGAUGCACGCGUAGGCGAAUGGAAGACGAUGAUCGCACGUCAUAGCGAAGAGAUGGCAGGAUGGAGCACGAUUGUCCUAACGCGCAACCCGGAACCACGUGGAAGAGAGUCGCGCGCGAUCAAGCAGCAGCGGAAAGACCGAGCGAGAAUCGAUCGACUCACGCCUCUCUCGAGCCACGCUGAAGAACUACCGUGAAAAUAAUACGAAAGCGGCGUCAAAGAUUUUUAAUCGAGCUAAGCCGACGAUUCUUGCCCCGCGUUCAGGUGCUCGAGGCUGACACUCGCGUGUGCGUGCGCGUGUCCAAGCGACGCCGCAUUACGAGACCGAUAGAAUGCGAAAUCGAGAGAUGAAUUUGAUAUUUAAAAACGAUUUUAAGUAACAUACACAUUUUAAAUACACGACAGGUUUGCGGUGGUGGGUCAACGCGAGAGCGCGAGAGCGCGAGAGCGCGAGAGAGCGAGAGAGCGAGAGAGCGAGAGAGCGAAAGAGAGAAAGGAAGAAAAAUUCAUGUGAUUGUUCUUUGUACAAAUAUUUGCGAUGUAAUAUUGUAGUGAUUGAAGAUAUUAAAUGUUAAAUUUUAAUACGAUCGCAAUUGAGAGACUAUAUAUGUAAUGAACAUAGUAAUAUAGGCAAUUUUUAGCGGGCAUGUACAUUACAAUGGACGAUUUUUUCUCGCGCUGCGAGCCAAACACAAAAACAAUUAAAAUAAUGAAUAAUAGUAAUAAUACAUGAGAGAGCGAGAGAGCGAGAGAGCGAGAGAGCGAGAGAGAGAGAAACAUGGAAACAUGGAAAAAUAGUAAUGAAGACAUCCUCCACGCUUGGUCCAGACGUACGUGCGCGAAUCCGAUAUUCAUGUCGAAUGAAUUGGAGAGUGGAAGAGAGAAAGAAGAGCGAGGCUCAAGGUGCUUAUAUAUGAAAAUCCGCCUCGAGAGAGAUAUUAGAAGCAUAGAGGUUAUGCGCGAGCGAGCGCGAAUUGCGAAACUCUAUGAAAAGAGGCGACUGUCGACUUGAGGCGUCGAAUUUGUCGUCCCGUUUAAAAAAACGGAUCUCCUCGACGCACGCAAUAGGAACAUUGAAUCUGUACAGUUCUUACCUUAUAAAUAAAUUUACUAACUAAACAGAAGUAAACUAUAUAAAUAUUAUAAAUAAAUGAAUCAACAUUGAAGAAGGAACAUUAAGCGAUCGCAGAGCAAAUGGAAGCCCCUCCAUUCCUGCAACGGCUCUCGUGUAUGUAUACACGUAAAUUUCGACCCGAGCAUUGUAUAGUAUAUAUACAAAAAAACCGAGGAUAACAAUGUUGGAAGGUGGAUCUGAGAAAUACACGAGAGAGAUGGGGGCUAUACAAAGCGAAGCGCUCAAUUAAGAAAAAAAACAACACAACCUAGGAGUUAAUUUAGAGAGUUAACGAUUACGAUUUACUAUAAUAUAUUGUGUAUAAAUAGUUAAUUCAAAUUUGGAGUGCGCGAGUAACGACGAAAGUGCGUGAUGGUGUGUGUGUGUGUGCGAGCGACAGUGAAGGUGCUUGACUAUAAACAAUAAAAAAAACUUUUUCUUUUUUUCUGUGAGAGAAUGCAAGAAAUUAUGCAUUAGUAUGAGCGGUGUAUAAUAGAGUAUACAUAUUAUAUAUAGUACGCGAGUAGCAGGUAUCUAGGGCCCGAAAGUACAUCUACACACACGAGUCCACAAUCGGUUCGUCGGCAGUUUCGUUUCUUUUUUGUUUUGUUUUUUUUUCUUUUUUUGUAUUGCAUCGUUACUCUAUCCCGGAGAAGAAGAGAAGAAGACAGAAAGAGAGAACAAGAAUAAAAAAAAGUGAAGCGAAAGGGGGCAUCGGAACAUCCAAUUUUCUUUUUUUUUGGCGCACGAAAUCUACGAAGAUUUUUGCAUGGCAACCAGCACACAUAUAUACAUAUAUACAGAGAAACACGGAAUGAGAGGAAGAGAGAGAGAGAGAGAGAGAGAGAGAGAGAGAGAGUGGAUCGGCAACGAAGCGGCUCCCUCUCCCGACUGUACCGUGAGAAUGGAAAGAGAGAAAAAGACAACGAGAUCUCGAUUUAAUCCCAUUUAUAUCCCUUCCCCCCUGCAGUUCUUCUUUCGUUAAAGUGCGCUUACUCUUGAUUGGCGAUUCGUCAAGGUCAGUGUGUUUUUCUUACCUUUUAAUUUAUUCGCGGCAAUGCCAGCAGCAGCUGAAAGCAUUCGAGAUUUUUACUACGUUCUACGGAUGAUCAACAACAAGAUCCGACGGCUAAAACGAAACAGACGUCGAACUUUCAACGCCCAUUCAAUUCGAAGAGAAAGAGGGAACGAGUGACCGAGAGAAAGAGAGAGAGAGAGAGAGAGAGAGAGAGAGAGAGAGAGAGAGAGAGAGAGAGAGAGAGAGAGAGAGAGAACGAAUGCAAGAGAAAAAGAUAGAGAAAGCGAGUGCAAAAAUCUUGUGCAAGUCCAUUCUUCAUCUCUUAGAUACUAAAUGUCCUUGAUAUACGUAAGAGUGUGAAAGAAAGAGACAGAAGCGCAUCUACAUACACAACACAAAGGCUAAUUUUGAUGAGGCUCUCCUGGUGAUGACCACAUAUAUUCAUUUUGAAAUGUAUAGCAAGGAUCGACUUAUCAGUGACGAGAAACAUUUGUUUCAAGAUUUUCAACUAUUUUCUAUCGAAAUUGCGACGUUGCUUUAACAACGCACCGGAAAUGAUCACCAGUGAAGUUGAUAUCAAUUUUAAAUCUCUCAAAAUUAUAUGUCGGAUAGCACGGUAGCAACGGAUAUCAAGCGAACGAUGUACUUUACGUAAGGAUAGUUCACCGUCGAGUUGAGGCACAAUCGUGCGUCACUUCGAUUGAUUUAAUCUCAUUUAGAGAGAGGUACUGAUCACAUCGAUUGAUGACUUCAUUCGAGAGGUUAACGUCAGACAAACGAAACGAAUCGUCGCUUUGGUUUUACGCGUUACGUGACUCGGCGUUUUAGUAUACUGAAAUGUAAAAAAUCAGUGGAAAUUGAUGUAUACCGAAACUUUUAUGUAAUUAACACUGAAAGAAAAAAAGAUUCACGUCUGAUUAAUUGGAGAAAGAGAUCAUCGAACGCGCGAUCGUGACUUGGUAACAUUUAGGUCACACUUCAAUUAUGCCCAUGCUGACGAAAGAAAGAUAUCGAUCUUCCUCCAGUGGAUCAAGACGCGUUAAAAACUUUAUAAAAAUGCCUUUGAUGGUAGCCGAAACUCCUGGCCCGCAAACGACGAUUAUCGCGUAUACGAGCUGUGCGCGUUAUGAAUACCUUUUAAAAAAAAUGUACGCAUACACGCAAGCGCACGCGUGUCAAAAAUCGCUCUGACAUUCUUGAAGAGAAGCAAUCAAUUUUAAUUCAAUGGGAACGAUCUAAGCAGACAAUCAACCGUUAGACAUGCGUUUAUAUCAAACAAAAGGCGGUUUUUUAAUCUUUUGGCCUCGUGCCGAUCGACUCGCAAUGAACGGGCAACUUUCUUAUGAUUCUGAUUUUUUAAAUUAUUGAAUUUAUUGAAAUAGAUUUUAAAUUUUGUUGUAAGCCCGACUUGUGUGGAUCGGUGCGACGUCGAUCGACCAGGGGAACAGGAGUUUCGGUUUCGUUUUUUUAUCCUACAUUUACAUCAAAUUAUCUUAUUAUGAAAAGAAAAAUUAUCAGGCGGAAUCGGAUCAAAUGUAACUAAUCAAUCGCAUCGUUGCUCGGUUAUGGCUCGAAAACUUUUAGCUAAUUCACAUUUGUCGAACUGUCUAUUAAUUUUUCAAUAGUGCAAUCUUUUUAAUUGUUGAAUUAAUCAUAAUUUUAUAUAAAAAAAAGAAACAUAGUAUUAAUAUGUUUGGUAGAUUUUAGUAACUUAGGACGACGAGCUAAACAAUCGAGCAGUGCGAGAAUUCACAGGGGAUCCGGGUUCAAGUUGAUCGUCGAAAGUCAAACUACGGCUGCCUUUUGUUACAGGGUUCAAUAUAGAAAUAUUAAUUGAACUGUAUAAAAAAUAUAAAUAAAUUCGGCAUAGAACAAUUAUAGAUAAUCAGGAGAAACUUUUCAUUGUAACUGUUCAGUAUAAUUAUAUGGCUUUCGGCACCAAUUCCACCUGGAUAUCCCAAUUUUAACGACUGUAUACGAUUUUACAAUAAACACUAUUGUCCUCGGUAAGCGAUAUAAAAUGAAUAAUUUAUAGAAAGCAAAUUUUUACGAAACAAUUUACAAGAGAGAUACGAUGCGAUCCGACACUUUGGCUGUUCGUUUAAAAAUGAGUUCAUUCGAUUGAAUCAUCGCCUUAAAAAUGUAUACGAAGUAACAGUUAAGCUAUCUAAGUAAUAUACACGUUAGAAGGUAUAGAAAAAGAGAGUACACAGAGUUUUUAUCAGCAGUAGCAUCAUCGACUCUAGUGAGUGGAGAGAGAGAGAGAGAACGAAAGAAGAAAAUAGAGCAGAUGCGGGUGAGUGGUGUCGUAUGCAUGUGCGAGCGCGAGAAAGAGUGCAAAAGAGAGAUUAAGCGUACCGACAACAAGAAAUUAAUAAAAAUGCUUGAUCGCAUGAAACCUUACCGAGUGAGUGAGUAAAAAUGUGUUUGUGGUGGAAUUCGUAACAAGAAAUAAAACAAUGAGGAAACAAAACACGCUGUAUAAUUAUUAUAUAUUGUGUAUAAUUAUGAUUACCGAUCGUCCGAUUUUCUUGCGGUCGACGUUUGAUGAUCUGCCACGAAAAUAGGGCUUGAUUUUGCGAAGGGAGAAAAAAUUGUUGCGAUCACUAUUGUAAACGAUUAUGAUAAAAGAUGAUGUAUAAAUAUGAUAACAUUCAUUAUAUCGGUAUGAAAAUUGACUUCAUCCAGUGUUUAUUUUCUUUUUGCGCAUUGUUCGAAACCUUGUCUUCAUAUACAUUUUUUCAACAGCAACAACAACUCACCUGACAUACCUUGACCAGUCGCAUUGCAUCACAUCGACAACGUGAUCGAGAGUAAAAGUGCUAAAGAUCAAAUGUUUUUAACUACUACACUCAUGGAUUAAACGCUUGUUCUCGUCGCUAUUUAAUCGUUCGCUUCACGGUUGUAUUGACAUGUAGACGUACGGGAGGAACCUUUCUGCGAGCAAACCUUGAACCAUGUAUACGACUCGUACCUUGACUAUGAGUAACAAAAUAAAUCGUGAUCGCGAGGGCAACAAAGGAAAAUCGAAUUUUAGCCCGGUUCGGAAUACGUGUAUAUUGUACGUAAAAAAAUAACACGUGUUCGAUGAUUUUAACGUGCGAUUUUUCUUUGCUGCUGCAAUGAAUAGACGUGUACAUCAGCGUAGAUUUCGUGCAAGAGUAUCGUCACGCGCGAAGAGAGAAAAGGAACAAGAAUAGAGAGCAAAUGUGAACGUUUAUUUUGUCAAUCUUACGCGAUUGAGUUGCAGUACGAGAGAAGGAAACAAAAAAAGUGACACGAACGUCAAGCUAUUAGAACAAUACCGUGAAGACAUCUCAUUCUAUUGUUUAAUGCGACUCCAUAUAUAUAUAUGGAUAUAAUGAAACCAUGCAAAGAUGGCUAAAAGAGACCGGGAGACGAUCUGCUUUGGCUACCUUAUUGCAUGGCUUUAGUAUACCCCUAUCUCUGGUUACGUAUUAGUCCAUAGAAUUGUACAGAUGCGACGAAUCGAACUAUACGUGUAUAUACAUAUACAUGUACAGCGAUUCGCGUGACGCGCUCGCGCUUGACUGUAUAAUAGCCGUAUGCAAACGUGAACGAGCGUUUUCUCAUAUGAUCAUCGUGUGUGUCACUCGUUUCUAACGUCACGCGGACGACACAUGCACAUUUACACACAUACACACAUUUCACUUUAUACGAGGCAGCGAAACGAAAGAGCGAGAGAGUUUAAAAAAAGAGAAACAAAAGGAUGACGAUGUCAUGGUGGUCUAUGUUAGAAAAGUGUCCAUUGUAUAGUGUUUUUUGAAAAACGUGAGCAUUAAA